UAGAUGAAAAGUGAAACCACACAUAUUUGUUAAUUUUCAAAAUAUACGUGUUUCAGCGACAAUUGUGACGCAAAGGUAAAACUGUAACACGAUAGCCAGUUUUCGAGAGUUACCAGACGUGUACUUCCGGUUACAAGAUGGCAUCCGAAAAGAAGGAUUCGAAGACUUCAUCAAAUCAGCAGAAAGAUGAGCAAUGGUCGAUUGAAGACAAACCUGUCAAGAUUGACAGAUGGGAUCCCUCGGCCUUGAAGAACUCGUUAGAUGAUGCUGCUAAGAAGGUGCUGCUAGAGAACUUCGGCUACACAGAAUCUCACUCACUUAUGGAUGGGAGACUUGCCAUCUGUACCAUCGCCGUGGGCUUCGCCAUGUUUGCCCUCGUGUGGGACUAUCUGCGACCAUUUCCUGAAUCUCGACCAGUUCUCAUCAUGUGUGUACUAUCGUAUCCUUUACAAGUCCUUUGGGUAUUCAUUACUGUUUUCAUAAAAUUAUUAGCGAAAGAUCGUGCUGGGAUGGAUCCCGACAACACCUGGAAACUCUCAUCCUAUCUGAAAAAGUAUGACGAUGUGUAUAAUUUGUCAGCAUCGUUUAUUGACGGAAAAACUAGGGAGACACGCACACGUGAGAUCAGCCAUUCAGUAGCCAAGUUCUUUGACGAGACUGGAACACUUUGUAUUGACCUCUUCGAACCGUUGGUCAAGCAGCUGAAACAGAGCCUGGACACAGACAAGAAGAAAAACUGACCAUGGGCUGUGCGGCAAAAUGUGUGUGUGUGUAUGCUUUGUGAGAGGUGGUGGGUGAGAAUGCUUCAAAUAUUUUUAGAUUGAAAGGGCUGGGCUGGAAGAAAGGUCAGUGGGGAUGAGAUGCUUUGGAGGGGGGUAUGUGCAUAUGUUUGGAAACAUUGAGUGACAAGAAUGUUUAUUUACUCUAAAGUCAAUCUAGCAAAUGUCUAGAAAGAGUACUCCGUCUUAUAAAAGAAGACGACUUUCAAAUUUCAGUCUUUUAGGACUCAAAACAUUUCACCAAAUGUCUUGUAUUGCUCUCUAAAGGGGAAUUUAGAAAAAGUAUACCAUCUGCUGAAAAGAUUACUGGCUCUACUGGCUUGCAGAAUUCUGAAUUGACUAGCCAGUGUAGUUUCUACUAGCCUCAGGCCUUUGGGUAAGCGUUUCCAUCCCUGGGUGAGUGUUUGGAAAAUGUGUGUUAGAUAUAGGAUGUUACGUUAAGAAUCAAACUGACACAGAUAUAUUUAAAGGUAUUGGUGCAAUGACCAGAAAUUUGUCUAACAAGACCAAAUUGAUGGAAUGGUUUAACAUUUGAAAGUGAUCUUUUUGAUUGAAAUGAUGGUCAUUUUUUAUACAGCCUUUGUUUUUGGGAUGUUGCUUCUUUUCAAAAGGGGGGCGGUGGGGUAGCCUUAUGGUUAAAGCGUUGGCUCGUCAAGCCGAAGACCCGGGUUCGAAUCCCCACAUGGGCACAAUGUGUGAAGCCCAUUUCUGGUGUCCCCAGCCGUGAUGUUGCUGGAAUAUUGCUAAAAGCAAACUCAGACAGUUUUUUCCAAAGGUCUUAACAUUCAGCAGAAGAAGAAAAAUAUCGUCUAGGGUUAACAAGCAUUUUAAUAAUAGAUUGAAGAUGUGUUUAAACUUUGAAAUCAAUGUGUUGUAUGGAAUGUAAGUUGUUUCAGGUCAUUGUCGUUAAUGAGAGAUUUGGGAGCAUUUCUUAAUAUUGUUUUUCAUGUUAGUUAUGCCAUGUUUGUUUGUCAAUCAAGUCCAAUUUGGAACCUGUUAUUCCAUUAAUGAGAUGUACCUCUCAAUCUGUGUUGUCAUUCAAAUCGGGUUGAAAGAGAUAUUGUCAAGUUUUGUCAUUCUCAUAAAUCCACAUCACAAAAAAUAAAUAAGUAAUUCUUA